AUGCCGGCCCGGAAACGCCGUGCGACGUCGCCGCCUGCGGAGGUCGAGAACGAAACCCGCCGGCGGUCCCGGCGCAUCUCGAGCACGCCGAAGAAGAGCAAGUACUUUGACGGAAGCGAUGACGAUGAUGAAUUUGAUGGCGAUGCAAAGCUUGAGGAUGAGGCUGAUGAGCCUGAGAGUGAGGUCGACGACGAGGAGGAAGUGGAGCCGCCCAAGAAGCGCGGGCGCGGACGGCCGAAGGGUCAAGCCGCCAAACCCAAGGCUAAGCCACAGCCAAAGGCUGCAAAGGCCAAGGCUGUGAAGAAGCAGAAUAUUGAGGAGGCUGAAGACAACUACCAAGAUGAGCAGCCUGACGAGGAUGACAACGAGCAUGACGACGAGGAAGAUGAUUUCGAAGGCGAGAGGAGGGUCACCAUCAUCCCGCUCGAAAAGCUCCGGCCCCUAGAUGGUGUCGACUACUCGGAUGAGACUGUGCACAAGAACACGCUUCUGUUCUUGAAAGACCUGAAGGCUCAUAAUCAGAGGUCGUGGCUCAAGAGCCAUGACGGCGAGUAUAGACGUGCGCUUAAGGACUGGAAUUCCUUCGUCGAGACCAUUACGCCCAAGGUCACCGAGGUCGACUUCACCAUUCCCGAGCUGCCUGCCAAGGAUCUCGUCUUUCGGAUUCACCGGGACAUUCGCUUCAGCAAGGACCCGACCCCGUACAAGGCGCAUUUCUCAGCCGCGUGGUCAAGGACAGGCAAAAAGGGCCCGUACGCUUGCUAUUACAUCCACCUCGAGCCGGGCUCCUGCUUCAUCGGCGGCGGUCUAUGGUGCCCCGAGGCAUCGCAUCUGCAAAAGCUGAGGCAGAGCAUCGACGAACGGCCGCAGCGUUGGCGUAGGGCUUUGAACGACGAGAGGUUCAAGAGGACAUUCCUACCCAAGGCCGCGAAGAAAGGGGGCGAGGAGGGAGCGUUGAAGGCGUUCGCCGAGACGAACAAGGGCAACGCACUCAAAACGAAGCCAAAGGGCUAUCUGGCGGACCAUCGCGAUAUCGAGCUUUUGAAGUUGCGUAACUUCACCAUUAGCAAGAAGGUUGACGAUCGGAUCUUCACCGAAGAGGACGCCCAAGACAAGGUUUGCGAGAUCAUCGCAGCCAUGCACCCUUUUAUCACCUUCUUGAACAGUAUUGUCAUGCCCGACCUCAACAUGGAUGACGAAGACGACAGCGAAGACGAGGACGACGGAGACCAGGAGAAUGGCGAUGCCGAAGAAGGCAGUAAUCCCGAGGAGACGGGCGAUGAAGAGGAGGAAGAAGGCAAGGAUUGGAGUACGCACAAGUUUUGA